UGUUUUCACUGUUUAAAUUUUUUUUUUUCUUUUUUUCUCCGAAGUCAAAAUUAUAAGAAUAUAUGUUCAUAUAGAAGAAAAUUUUGGUACAUAGGUAUCCCAUAAAGUGAUAAAACUAAUCUUUUGGGGAAAAUAUAUUGACAACCUCAUAUUAUCACACAAACAUGCUCAAAGAUGAAAAAUAUCUAAAUCGCCCAAGUCUUUAAGAUAUGUUUUGAUAAAUCAGUGAUAUUAAUUCCCUCACAUCCCCACUACUCUCACGUUAAAUUAUUAGCCUUAAUGAAAAAAUUAAAAGCUAAUCAAAUUGCCUUUCAGACUUACACCUCCUUCUCACGUAAGCUAUAACUCCUUACCGUUUCAAUCUCUUCGCUUUCACGACUUCUUUGUGUAUAAAUACUCUUCUCCACUUACACUCUUUACACCACAAAACUUUCUGAACUCAACAUGGCAAACUCUGUUCUCUUCGUUACUAUCUUCAUCUUCUUCUCGAUGACUCUCUCUUCAUCGACUAACCCAAAACACUUCACCGUCGAGCUGAUCCACCGUGACUCUCCUCAUUCCCCUCUCUACAACCCACAAACCACCCCCACCGACCGCCUCCACUCCGCUUUCCUCCGCUCCAUCUCUCGUUCCCGCCGCUUCAACCACCAACCCCAAACCGAUCUCCAGUCCGGUUUAAUAGGAGCAGGCGGCGAGUUCUUCAUGAGCAUCACCAUCGGCACACCGCCAACGAACGUCCUCGCGAUAGCCGACACAGGAAGUGACCUAACAUGGGUCCAAUGCAAACCGUGUCAACAAUGUUACAAAGAGAACGGUCCGAUCUUCGACAAGGAGAAGUCCUCUUCUUACAAGAGCGAGCCUUGCGACUCACGUAACUGCAACGCUUUGUCUACCACCGAACGUGGAUGCGACGAAGAUAAAAAAGUUUGCAAGUACCGUUACUCGUACGGAGACCGAUCUUUCACGAGAGGUGACGUUGCUACGGAGACGAUCUCCAUUGGUUCUGCUUCAGGCUCGCCUGUUUCUUUCCCCGGAACUGUGUUCGGUUGCGGCUACAACAACGGUGGUAACUUCGACGAGACUGGUUCAGGGAUCAUAGGCCUCGGUGGUGGUUACUUAUCUCUAAUCUCUCAGCUCGGUUCGUCGAUUUCUAAUAGAUUCUCUUAUUGCUUGUCGCACAAGUCAUCUACCAUGAACGGCACAAGUGUCAUAAACCUAGGAACCAGCUCGAUUCCUUCCGGCGCAAGUAUUGUUUCCAACGUGGUAUCGACUCCUUUGGUUGAUAAAGAGCCUCAGACUUACUACUACUUGACGCUCGAAGCUAUCUCCGUCGGCAACACGAAGAUUCCGUACACGAGCAGCAUGUAUUACCCUAACGAGGACGGAGUAUCCUCGGCGGCGACGAAGGGGAACAUCAUCAUCGACUCGGGAACUACACUGACGCUUCUCGAGUCUGGUUUCUACGACAGGUUUGGCGCUGCAGUGGAAGAGUCCGUGACUGGAGCGAAGCGUGUGAGUGAUCCACAGGGGCUUUUGUCGCAUUGUUUCAAGUCCGGGAGUGCGGAGAUCGGUUUGCCGGAGAUAACGGUGCAUUUUAGCGGCGCUGAGGUGAGGCUUAGUGCGUUGAAUGCGUUUGUGAAAAUGAGUGAAGAUAUGGUUUGCUUGAGUAUGAUUCCGACCAACGAAGUUGGUAUUUAUGGGAACUUUGCUCAGAUGGAUUUUCUUGUUGGGUAUGACUUGGAGGCGAGAAGAGUGUCGUUUCAACGUAUGGAUUGCUCUGCUGAAAUGUAA